GAAAUGACGCACGCGUCAGAGAGAGGGCAUAAAGUCAGACACCAGAAGACCUCAGACUCCCUCCUGUUUGGAAACCUCUGCCCUCUCCCUGCAGGCUGCUAUGUCUCUGGAGGAUUCACUCGUUAUAAACACAGAGGACAGCAGAGGUUUGAAUGUCUCCAGAGUAUUUUGGGACUCCACAGGAGAGCAGAGCCAGUACAUCAUCUGGCUCCCUGGCAUCGGGAUCGCCGCUGCGUACGGAGUCAUCAUUGUCGUGGGUCUGGUGGGAAAUGUCACCCUGAUGAAGACGUGUCUGUCUGUGAAGUGCAUGAGGACGGUGCCUAACUUGUUCCUGUCCAGCCUGGCUCUGGGGGACCUGCUGCUGCUGGUGACCUGCGCCCCGGUGGACGCCUGCAGAUACCUGGUGGACGAGUGGCUCUUCGGCCGCGUUGGAUGCAAACUGAUCCCGUUCAUCCAGCUCACCUCGGUUGGAGUCUCCGUGUUCACCCUCACUGCGCUCUCCGCUGACCGGUACAAAGCUAUCGUCAAACCGCUGGACAUCGGCAGGUCCAGCGCUAGACUCAGCGUCUGUUUACGAGCCGGGUCGAUCUGGCUUCUCUCCGUGACCCUGGCCAUCCCCGAAGCCGUCUUCUCCGACCUGCACACCUUCACCACCAGCCACACCAACGAGACCUUUGUGACCUGUGCCCCUUACCCCAACGCCGGGGAGCUGCACCCAAAAAUCCACUCCACAGCCUCCUUCCUCAUCUUCUACAUCAUCCCGCUCUUCAUCAUCUCUGUCUACUACUGUUUCAUCGCUCGCAGUCUGGUCAGGAGCUCCGUGGACAUCUCUGCUGAAGGACAGCUGCACCUCCAGAGACAGAUCAAAUCCAGAAAGCGUCUGGCCAAAACAGUGCUGGUGUUUGUGGGCUUGUUCGCCGUGUGCUGGCUGCCCAGUCACGUGAUCUACCUGUACCGCUCCUACCACUACGACCAGGUGGACACCUCACUGGGCCACUUCAUCGCCAGCGUAUGCGCUCGCAUUUUGGCCUUCACCAACUCCUGCGUGAACCCGUUUGCCCUUUACCUCAUGAGCAAAAGCUUCAGCAAACACUUCAAAAAGCAGCUCCUGUGCUGCACCGCUCCCAGACGACUGUACAGUCAGAACAGUGGGAGCACGAACAUAACCACCGUCUGAAAGCAUCUCAUGAACUUCAUGUCACCUGUGCUGCGGGAGGACUGCAGUCACGUUGAUCGUCCAUCCUGAUAUCAUUUUGCAGCUGCUUGUUGUCAAGUCAUCUCCUAAAUUAUUACUUUAUUUAUUUUAAUUAUGACUUCUUCUAUGACACGUAACAUUUUUAGCCUUCACCCAUCCAGUCAAAGACAAAGUCAUGGAAAUAAGAGGUGUCGCAGGCUGUCAGAGACACUUUAUCUCUGCUUCAAAACAAAAUAAAAACUGUCGUUAGGAGACAAAAUCAGUCACUGCAGAUGUAAAGUCGCCUGUUGCAAACAUCUUUUCUCACUUUUUGAUGUUAAUAUUUGAUGUUUCCUGACAAAUAAAUGUAUUACAAGUCUGUUUUGGUGUUAAACCCGAAGCCGUGCAGACGUAAAAUGAAACAGUGAUCGUGUAUCAAAGCCAUGCAUGAAAAACUAGACAUCUGCUUUAUUGUGCAUGUUUUUAUCUGCAGUCAUUAAAAGAAAAGGACAGAUGUUUAAUGUUUAAUUGUCACAUUCGAGGGAUGGAUGUAAAAUAUUCAAGUUGUACAUAUGAACGCCUGCUGUUCUGUUAACUGUGUCACAUAUUGUGUACAUACAGAUGUUAAAUUUUAUGUGCUAAACAUGGUGUGUUGGUUCACUUUACCUCUAUAUAGCCCACUGUACUGUAUGUAUAAGUUUCAGCAGAUAUUUUAUUAAUUGAUGCAAUAUUUAGAGCUGCAAUUAUCAAUUAUUUGUGGUGUUUAUUCAUCUAUUGUUUUUUUUAACAGAGAAUUAAUUAGUUGUUUGAUAUAAUCGCAGUUUCCCAAAGUCUAAGUUGACGUCUUCAGGUUUUUGUCACCCUGACACUCGACAUGCUCCAUUCAUAGUGAUAUAAAACAGAAAAACAGGACACUGUUAAUAUUUAGCCUGUUAAAAUCUGUUUCACACGUUAACAUUGAGCUCGGGUUAAGUUGUAAUCACUUUGGUGAACUUCUGAACUUUUAAAUCUGGCACCAUAAUCAGAUUUCAGUAAACCGAUACUCGAAUACUUUCUUUCCGUCAUGCACAGCUGCUCUUUCUGUUCGGUGCUGAUAGAUCGGUUGGCGUUCUAUAACAAAAAACGUACAGGUAUGUCAGUGAUUCACGCCGUGAUGUUGAUGUUGGAUGAGUCCACCUGCGAUUUGUCUGCUACGACACGUCAAAGUCAAAGUGAAGUGAAACCAAUGCAGUGCCAGAAAAUGCAGCUGAACUCAAAGAGCCACUUGAGGCUUUCUACAGAACGAGUCAGUCUCCAUGAGCCCCCAUGUUGAAAUGUCCAACUUCACAUCAUGGUUUUGGUCUCUGUAGCUAA